UGAGCCCCGGCACCCGCUGCGCCCGCCACGGAGCCGGCGGCCGCGCCAUGUCGGGGGACUACGAGGAGGACGUGUGCCGCAGCGCCCUGACGCUCGUCAAGGAGCUCUGCUUCUCGCUGCGCGCCCUGGAGCAGCACGAGAAGUGCCUCGAGUUCACCGACCUGCUGCGCAACCGCGGCCACCCGCGGCCCUCCGACGCCGACAUCUCGGUGAGCCUGCUCUCGGUGAUCGUCACCUUCUGCGGCAUCGUGCUGCUGGGCGUCUCGCUCUUCGUCUCCUGGAAGCUCUGCUGGGUGCCCUGGCGCGACAAGGGGGUGCCGGGGGCCGCCCCCCGCAAGGAGCCGCCCCUGGGCGCCGCGGGGCCCUUCGGGGAGCUGCUCCCCGAGGCGGGCGCCGCGUCGCCCGAGCGCGCCUACCUGGACAUGGGCGCGCGGCCCGAGGCGCCGCUGCGGCCCAGCCUCACGUCGCCCGAGCUGCCGCUGGAGAAGGAGGCCGGCGCCGCGGGGCUGCCCAGCGCCCUCUCGCAGCAGCCCGUGGCCGCCCCUCCACCGUCCCGCAGGUACAACCCGCGUCCCGCCGCGCCGCAGCCGCCCAGCCCGGACGGCGGCGGCCACGAGGACAAGGCCGAGCAGGCCACCAGCAUCGGGCAGAUCAAGCCCGAGCUCUACCAGCCCGGCGAGGCGGAGGCGCGGGCCGGCGCGCCCUGCGGCCGCCUCAGCGUGGCCGUGCGCUACGCCUACGGCUCCGAGCAGCUCGUCGUGCGCAUCCUGCGCGCCCUCGACCUGCCCGCCAAGGACGCCAACGGCUUCUCCGACCCCUACGUCAAGAUGUACCUGCUGCCCGACCGCAAGAAGAAGUUCCAGACCAAGGUGCACCGCAAGACGCUCAACCCCGUCUUCGACGAGACCUUCAGCUUCGGCGUGCCCUUCGCCGAGCUGCCCGCGCGCCGCCUCCACUUCAGCGUCUACGACUUCGACCGCUUCUCGCGCCACGACCUCAUCGGCCAGGUGGUGCUGGACAACCUGCUGGAGGCGGCCGAGCGCGACGCCGAGACGCCCAUCUGGAGGGACAUCCUGGAGGCCACCGCGGAGAAGGCCGACCUGGGCGAGGUGAACUUCUCGCUGUGCUACCUGCCCACGGCCGGGCGCCUCACGGUCACCAUCAUCCGGGCGUCCAACCUGCGCGCCAUGGACCUCACCGGCUACUCGGACCCCUACGUGAAGGCGUCGCUCAUGGCCGAGGGCCGGCGGCUCAAGAAGCGCAAGACGUCCAUCAAGAAGAACACGCUGAACCCCAGCUACAACGAGGCGCUCGUGUUCGACGUGCCGCACGCCAGCGUGCACAGCGUCAGCCUCACCAUCGCCGUGCUCGACUACGACUGGUGAGCGCCCGCGGGCG